AUCGAGCGCAAAUCGACCUUGCUGGGAUCAAUUCUUAGCGUUUCGUAUACCAGAGAUCGCAAUUCUUCGCUGCCGCCAUCGGUGCCACUUCGCAGGAGGCUUGGGGGGCGCCAGGGUAGGCUGCAGCCCUCAGCCAGACUGCUGGGACUACGCAUCGAAAUGCAGCGGCCAGACGAAGACGACGACCUGGACCUACCGCGACGGAAGCGCCCGCGCGCCGCGGCACCGCUCUAUUACUCCGAAACUGACGUCUUCCGAGGCGCCGACGCGCGCGCGGUCGAUGCCGCACUCGCCGCGCUACGAAGGGCUGCGACAACGGUCGAGGACGGGCCGAUGCGAUCCGUGGCGAUCGCGCCGCUCGCCGCGACAGCGCCGGGCGCCGGGGCGGUCUACGGCGCCCUGGCCGACGCAUUCGCGGCGAGCGGAGCGCCGCGGCCGCGGCGGCUCGCUACGGCGCAGUUAGCCGUCUACGAAACCGGAGACCAUUUCAACACGUGGCAUGUCGACGAGACAGAAGACGAAGGGCGUCUCGCCCUCGUCGUCUUCCUGAGCGAUCCCACAGACUACGAGGGCGGCGAGUUCGACGCCGAAGGCGACGUCGUACUACCAGCACGACCGCCGGCGCGCAGCUUCGUCGUGUUUGACGCGUCGCGCCUGCGUCACCGCGUGCGCGCCGUGCGCCGCGGCCGCCGCGAGGCGUUGCUGUGUUGGACGGCUUCGGCGCACGACCCGGCGCCGGCCGUCGCCGCGCCGCCGCCGACGCGCGCCGCGCCGGCGACCGUGAAAGUGAUCGUGUGGGACUUGGACGGCACGCUCUGGCACGGCGCGCUGGAGGACGACGACCGCGUCGAGCCGCGGUGCGCGCUCGUAGAUCUCAUCGGCGCGCUCGCCGACCGCGGCAUCGUGUCGAGCGUGUGCUCGCGCGCCCCGCGGGCGGCAGCCGAGGGCAUGCUCGACACGCUCGGCGUGCGGGAACUAUUGGUCUUCAACGAGUACGACGUCAUGGGUUCCAAGGGCGCGCGCGUCCUCCGGACGCUCGAGGCGAUGCACCUGUCGCCGCGCCACGCGCUGUUCGUCGACGACGAGGCGAGCAACCGCGCCGACGUCAUGAGCCGGUGCGAGGGCAUCGGGGCGCUCGCGCCCGAUGAUUUAGAGGCGCUCCUGCCGGUCGCCUGGGGCGCGCCGGACGCUCGCGAACGCCUGGCGCGCUACAAAGUCCUGGAGCGCAAGCACGAAGCGCGGCAGCCCGAGGAGGAGGACGACGCGUUCCUGAGACGCUGCGCCAUCGUCGCGACCGUUAGCCGUGUCGCGGCGCUGGACGGUGACGCGGACCGGCUCGUCGAGUUGUUACAGCGAUCGAACCGACUCAACUACACGAAGGACGUCGACCGGCCGGACGCGACCUGGGACGUGCUCGACGUCGCUGCGGGCGCUUACGAUAGCUACAAAGACGAGCCCGGCGAGCGGAUUUGUUGGAAGGUGACGGUGAGGGACGCGUUCGGCGAGUAUGGGGUGGUGGGCGUUGUCGCGGCGAGUCGCACCGGUGAUGCCUGGCGGCCGCGGCACUUCACGUUCAGCUGCCGCUGCGCGGGCAUGCGCGUCGACGCGGCGCUCGCGGCGUGGCUCGUCGCGCAGUUGGAUGCGUCGGCGCUCCCGGCGGCGGCCGAGGGGCUCCUCGCUGUCGACGCGUCGGCGGUCACCAUCGUCGUCGAUGACGAAGCGCUAGCGGCGCCACCGGUAACACACGCGCGGCGCGCCCUUUUACGCGGCUGGUGCGCGACGCAGCAGCUCGCGCCGCUGUUGGACGCGUCACCGACGUGCGUGCCUUCGCGCUACGCGGCGACGCGCUUCUCGUCCGUGCACUUCCUUCGCGCGUCCGCGCGCGACCCGCGCCUCGCCGCCGCCGCAGCCCGCUCGCUUGCGGCGGUCGACGCGGCGGCGACGGCGCCCUCGAACGAUCUGCGGUCCUACGACGUGGUCGUCCAGGACUGCGAGGUCGACGCGCUCUGGCCGGUCACGUGUGGCUUUCCGGUGGAUCUUGCUCACACUGACGUCGCGUGCGCCCCGGGCCUCGCCGACGCCUGGGCGUCUCUCUGGCGCCGGGCCGUGGCGCCGCCGCGCGACGCCGUCGCCGCGGAGUUCGGAACCCCCGCGGAUCUCUUGACGCCGGCGGCGAUAGCCGACGACGCGCGCUGGCUCCGCGCCCAGGUCGCGCCGGGUGCCGGCUUAGUCUUGCUCCUCACGCCGGAUUUGUGGGACCUAGGCCUCGCGGCGCCGGGCUGGCGGGAGCGGCUGGAACAGAUCCCGGCGGCGCUCCGCGCGCGGCUCUCUGAAAGGCUUCGGCAGGUCAACGCGGCGGUCUCCCGCGUCGCGGCGGAUUUGCCGAACACGGUCGCCGUGGACCGGACGGCGCUGCUCCGGCCCGGCGAGGUGCAGGAGCACACGCACGUCUGCCGCCGCGCCCAGGUCGCGGUGGCGGACCGCGUCAACGAAGCGCUUUUGUAG